AUGGAACACCAAGUCCUUCCCUUGGAAAUGACUACUGAGAAUGAUCAGGAUAAACUCCAAGAGAUGUUAAAUGAUUUAUGGGAAAAAAUAAAUAAGACCGAAAUUGUAUUAGCUGAGGAGAAAGAGAAGUAUACAUGGAGUAAGGCAAAUGUGCAGAUUAUGAAACAGGCUGUUGUAACAACAUAUAGAAGAAUGCACCAGUUCUUGAGGAAGGAAGAACUGCAUCACCUAGAAAGACUGGACAAGAAAGAAAGAAAAAACUUGGAAAAAUUAAAGAAGAUUGAGUUAAAACUGUCCCAACAAGUUCAAGACCUACAAAGAACAGCCAUACAACUAGGAAUGGAUUUUAAGAAGCUAGAUUUGAAAAUGGUACUGGAUGUGAAAGACAUGUUGAAUAAAAGUGAAGUGCUGCUACUUCAAUAUCCACAAGAUGAUUUCCCCAAAUGGACAAUGUGCCAUGUCACUGGACUGAGAGAAAUGAUGAUGGCCUUCCAGAGAGAUAUAACACUGGAUCCUGAAACAGCCAAUCCCUACCUCAUUGUAUCUCCUGAUCUGAAGAGUGUGAAACACUCAUGUGUUCCCCAGAAUGUACCUGACCACCCAAAGAGAUUUACCUAUUCUGCCACUGUGUUGAGUGCUCAGAGUUUCAUCUCAGGUAUACACUAUUGGGAAGUGGAGGUGGCCGGCAUGACUGAAUGGGAAGUGGGGAUCUGUAAGGACUCCAUUAACAGGAAGGGGAACCCCCCAUUGUUGUCUGGAGAACUAAUUGCCCUGAAAACUUUCAAAGUUGGAGAUAGCUUCUGCCUUGCAAACUCACAAAUUGAGGGUAGCUUUCAUAUAAAGAAACCCCUGCAAAAGAUUGGCAUUUUCCUUGAUUAUGAAAGUGGACAUAUAUCAUUUUACAAUGUUACAGAUGGGUUGCUUAUCUACGGUAUAUCAGCUGUUGCCUUUCAAGGACCUCUUCGGUCCUUCUUCUCUCCUUGCUUUCAAAAUGAAGAUAACACCUCCAAAUCUCUUGUUAUUUGCCCAUCAUAUGAAUUUCUGAAGAAUGAGGAAAAGUGGCACCUUUAUAGUAUGGGCAGAGAGGAAAGUGAGAAUAUGAAGAGUCUAAGAAAAAAUGAGGCCAAACUCUUUCAACACCUUCAGAACUUAAGGAAAGUCAUCACAGAUCUUGAGCAAAAUAACCAGAAAGCAGAUCUCCAGCUUCUUCAGGUGGUAGGAGAUGCAUUAAACAGUAGUGAGUCCCUUCUGAAUUAUCGUCCAGAAGCUGCCAGUACUCGUGUCCAUGUCUCAAAUCACUGGCAUAUGGGAAAUGAUGAAACACUUCAGAGGUGA